AUGGAGAAGCAGCAUGUCAUGGUGGACCCUGAGUAUUCCGCCGAGCCACAUACCGACCCGUCACUUGACGACAAGUCUCCAGACACGACGACAGUUGAUGUCGCCAAGGGGACUUUGGCCAACAAUGGCUCCAAGCCACCUUCUUUGGCCGACGAAAACAAUCACAACACACCAUGGGAUGAGAAAAGUCAGUAUCUAACAGGCCUCAAGCUUGUUAUGGUGGUUUCUUGUAUGUGUUUGGCGUGUUUUCUCAUGUUGAUCGAUACAAUGGUGGUUAGCACCGCUAUACCUCGCAUAACAGAUGAGUUCAACUCGCUCGCAGACAUUGGCUGGUAUGCGACGGCGUACCAGUUCGGGAGCGCAGCUCCACAGCCUCUGUCAGGCAAAGUGUUUGCACACUUCAACAACAGAUUCUCGUUCCUUGCCUUUUUUCUCAUCUUUGAGCUUGGAUCGGCCCUCUGUGGUGCAGCGGUGUCUUCGACCAUGUUGAUUGUUGGCCGUGCAAUCGCUGGUGUAGGGGCAGCCGGGAUCAUCAAUGGUGCACUGAUCAUCAUCUCUUGUUCCGUUCCCAUGGAAAAACGCCCUGGCCUCAUUGGAAUUGUCAUGGGAUUCAACCAACUUGGUCUGGUAAUCGGACCUCUCAUUGGGGGAGCGUUCACCUCUUACUCCACAUGGCGAUGGUGUUUCUACAUCAACCUACCCAUCGGCGCCCUGGUUGUUCUCGCGCUGUUCCUCUUCCCCGUUCCCGAACAGAGUGCCAAACCCCCAGCCAUGAAGGUGCUUGUCAAGCUUCACAAAUAUCUCGACCUGGUAGGCUUCUGUCUGUUUGCACCAGCAGUCCUGCAGUUGAUCUUGGCACUCAGCUUCGGCGGGGUGACAUAUCCCUGGAACUCCUCCCAAGUCAUCGGGCUCUUCUGUGGCGCGGCGGCAACGUUUCUUGUCUGGCUGUUGUGGAACCGACACAAAGGACCUGACGCGUUACUGCCCCCCGCCAUGCUGGCACGCACAGCAGUUUGGACUUCGGGUUUGUACCAGGCCUUUUUGAUGGCGGCAGUGUACGGGGCCAUAUUCUUUCUGCCCAUAUACUUUCAGGCCAUCAACAACGCCUCGCCUCUCCUGAGCGGGGUGUACCUCUUGCCGACCAUCUUGCCGCAGCUGCUCAUGGCGGCGUCUUCGGGAGCGUUGAUCAUGGCUAUCGGGUACGUGAUACCUCUGGCCACAAUGUCCACAGUCUUGCUUUCCAUAGCCAGUGGGCUGUACUCUCUUCUCAGGCCGGGCAGCCUGACAGGCUGGUGGGUCGGCUUCCAAGUGCUGGCUGGUGUUGGGUCGGGUCUGGGACUGCAAGUGGCCAUCAUCGCGAUCCAAGCCGUCGUGACCGGGGAGGAACUCUCCUCGGCGAUGGCCUUCAUCGUCUUCACCCAAUCGCUGGGCCCGGCCAUCGUGCUCACACUCUGUCAACUGAUCUUCUACUCGAGUCUACGGGUGGAAAUCCCCAGGGAGGCGCCCGACGCCGACACGGAAGCGGUCAUUGCCGCAGGCGCCACCGGGUUCCGCGCGAUAGUACCGCCUGACGUUCUUCCGGGUGUGCUUGAGGCAUAUGCGAACAGUAUUAACAAAGUAUUCUACUUGGUUGCCGCCAUAGCAGCUUCUUGCGGCUUGGUUCUGUGGGGAAUGGGGUGGAAAGAUCUACGGAAGAAGCCGGACGGUGAUAGUGAGACUGCCGAUAAGGAAAUGGGAGCUCCUGAGAGCCAGGCUUCAGGGGGUGACAAUAAAGGUGUUGAAUAG